AUGGGCUUCUUGCCAAUGAUCUUCCCUCUGCUGGUACUCGGUUCAGUAGGAAAGCUAACAGCUCUAGCAUCCGGAGUUGCAACAAGCCAACUGAGCCCCGAGGGGAACUGGGUACAACCAUCGCGUGCCAUGGCCACGCUCGAUGGCUGCCCAACGAGCUGCGGCAGCGUGAGGUUCGGCUAUCCCUUUGGCAUCGGAUCCAGGUGCUCCCGUGGGCCUGACUUCAACCUCAUCUGCAACGACACCACUCAGCCCCCCAAGCUCUUCUUGCAUGACGGAAUCACAGAGGUGAUCGACUUCGAUCCUUUUUGGAAUUCAAACCUGAUCUCGGCCUCCUUCUCACAUACCAUCCCCAUGAAAUCUGGGGCCAGUCUCUACAAUUUGUCUUUCAAACCACUUGGGAGGCACUUCCAUGUAUCCACUGAUUACGUUGCUCUAAACAUCACCGGCUGUGACCUGGAGGUGUACUCUGUCAAAGAGAAUGCCACCCAGCCGAUAUGUGCAACUGUGUGCCCAGAUCCAGGGAUCACUGAGAUGGUGGCUAUGCACAACUGUAAUGGCUUUGGAUGUUGUCAUGUAGACGUGGAAAACGAUGCCGACACUUAUCAGUUCAAAUUUGUCUACGGCCACAACCCGAAAAACACCAAAGCACACUCUAACCAGACCUCUCAGUUGUGGGAUAAAAUCAGCAUAACCACUGAUCGCUUUCGGCUCUCAUGGGAUAUUGGGAAUCAAUCCGCCUGUGUUGCCUGUAAGAGUGAGCAUGCUGGGUGUGGCUACAACUACAAUACGGGAUUCAUAUCAUCACCAAGUGGCUACCGGUGCUUCUGCCACGACGGCUAUACAGGCAACCCCUACAUUUCACAUGGCUGCUCCAGCAAUAACAAAGGAUACAAUCCAACCCCAAGCAGGGCUGAUUGCACCCGUCAGUGUGGUAGCAUUGAUGUGGAAUUCCCAUUCGGACUCGAAGAGGGUUGCUUUGCCAGGGAAGAGUUUCACUUCAAUUGCACAAAUACAACGUCAUCGCCUAUUUUGCUGCUGAGGGAUUUGGAGGUAAUUGCCUUGGAGGUAAUUGGCGUGAAUGUUGAUGAAGGGACUAUUAAUGCCACCAUUCCUGACCAACAAUUGGCGAACCCUACGUCUGAUUCAGGACAAAACAGUCUUUUUUCUGCAUAUGGGUUAUUUCUCUCUAUCAAAUGGGUUGCUGCUAAGCUAAGUUGCGCAGAGGCCCAACAUAAUAGGUCUGGAUAUGCUUGUGUGAGUAUGAACAGCAAGUGUGUGGAAGUAAGUGCUGAAAGGGUCUAUGCUGGUUAUCGCUGCAAGUGCUCAGAUGGCUUCCAAGGAAAUCCAUACAUCCAAAGUGGUUGUCGAGAUAUUAAUGAAUGCCUUCAACCCAACAAAUGUAAAGAGAUCUGCCAUAAUACCGAAGGAAGCUUCAAUUGUAUCGAAUGUCCUCGCAAGACAGAGUAUGAUCCAUUAAAUAUGCAGUGUACUAGGAUAAAACAACAGACUCUACUUGUAGGUAUAAUUAUUGGGCUGUCCUGUGGUUUCGGCAUUCUACUUCUGAGCUUCAGUGUAGUACUUCUCACACGUAAAUGGAAAAGAAAUGUCCAAAGGCAACUAAGAAAGUACUAUUUCCAAAAGAACCAAGGUCGUCUCCUAGAAACUUUGAUAUCAUCUGAUGAAAGUGCAAAUGACAAAACAAAGAUUUUCUUGUUGGAAGAAUUAGAGAAGGCAACAAAUAAUUUUGAUCCUGCACGUAUCAUUGGCCGUGGGGGUCAUGGCAUGGUUUACAAAGGCAUACUAUCUGAUCAGCGUGUUGUUGCAAUAAAAAAGUCUAAGGUCAUUGAGGAGUGUGAGAUCAGUCAAUUCAUCAAUGAGGUUGCAGUCCUCUCUCAGAUAAGGCACAGAAAUAUUGUAAAGCUCUUUGGAUGUUGUCUCGAAACCGAGGUUCCACUGCUAGUGUAUGACUAUGUAUCCAAUGGCUCACUGUCUCAAGUUCUUCAUGCUGAUCCAAGUGAUGGUUGUUCUUUGUCUUGGAGUGAUUACUUAAGGAUUGCCCUGGAAACAGCAGGAGCUCUAUCUUAUCUCCACUCUUCAGCUUCAAUAUUAAUCUUCCAUCGUGACGUGAAGUCCUCGAAUAUACUCUUGGAUGUGAACUACACAGCUAAAGUUUCAGAUUUCGGCGCGUCUAGAUUGGUUCCGAUUGAUCAAACACACAUUGUCACGAAUGUGCAGGGUACAUUCGGGUACUUAGACCCAGAGUAUUUCCACACCAGACAGCUGAACGAGAAGAGCGACGUGUACAGUUUUGGCGUGGUGCUCGUGGAGCUGCUGCUCAGACUGAAGCCUGUUUUUACAAGUGAGUCGGGCACGGUCAACAGCUUGUCAAGCUAUUUUCUCCAGGAGUUCAAGGAGGGGAGAAUCACAGGCAUUGUCAAUCCCCAGGUCCUCGAGGAGGCGACCGAGGAAGAGAUCAACGGUGUCGCCUCUCUUGCAGAACUGUGCUUAAGGCUACGUGGCGCCGAAAGACCCACCAUGAAACAAGUGGAGACCGAACUGCGGACUCUGCGAGCAAAGCGCAUGAACUCAUCCCAAGCAGAUCUAGGGAGUGAUGAGAAGAUGCCACCAAGGCCAUUAGCUCGAGGGACUCGAUCUUCUCGCCGAUCGUCUGCGACGGAAUCAGGCAAGAGAGUCGUCAGGUCAGGACGCAGCGAACGGUCCUAUCGGUUGGAGGGAGACUGGGAGAGUUCAUGUCAUCUGCUAGCCGACCACCACACUUAG